AUGCUAUGCAAGGAACCAGAAACGUUUUCUGCAAUAGCUACUUCAAGCAUUUUUCGUCCUCAUAUACAACUGAAUGCAUUGUAUUUGGCGGUUCUAUUCACACCCACCAUUGCAAUGGCUCCAUUUGCAAAUUCUUUUGGACCUCAGUUUAGGAAAUUGAUGCUUCAGGCUGUUCAUCAAACACUAGAAAGAGCAGGUCCAGCAUUCAUAAAAUGGGGCCAAUGGGCAGCCGCACGGCCAGAUCUCUUUCCUAGAGACUUGUGCAUUGAACUUGCAAAGCUUCAAGCAGCAGCACCUGAACAUAAAAUCCUACACUGCAAUGGUUAA